UCAGUCUUGGUGGAGACGCCGAGAGGGGAGGACGCUCGCAGUUUUCCCCUCUCCUCUCACCCACCUUCAGCCACGAGGUGGUGGGAUUACAACAGUAUACAACAUACUGUUGUAUGUUGCAUGCAACAUGGCAGAGGGGAGAUUACUCACGUUUUCCACGCCUCCAUCCUACUCCUUCGACUCGACUUACAAGCUUUGGAAGACUGACGCCAUGAAGGAGCAAGUGAGCACGAUGCUGCGAGAACUUCUGGCAGACAACCGACAGGAAAAGCGCCAGGCUCAUCCGUUCCUCUGUGAGGUACACAUGGAGUCUGCUGUAAAUAUUAUCUGGCUCGCUGUAGACAUGUUCAAAUUCUCACCUCAAGUUAAAUACAUUGCCAUCGACCUAUUCAGGAGGUUCAUGUUAGGUCAUACUGAGAAUCUUCUGGCUCGCUUGUCAUCAAUGACUGCCGAGGGCCACAAGAGGAAUCGCAUGUUGAGGUUGCUGGAGAAGCGAAUGAAGGAACAGUCACCCCUUUGGGUUAUUACCUGUGUCAUGCUCGCCUCUAAACUAGUCACUCACAAAGGGAACCUGUCUGCCAUCUCUGCACAAAAGUUCCUCAAACGGAUUGAAAUGAAUGUUCACACCAGCUCCAUCAUUCGCUCAGAGAGACGCAUUUUGGAGCAACUGGACUUUCGGUGUUACCAGAAUAGCUCCAUGCUGGCAUACCUUGGAGUGGUGAUCUCAGUGGUUGGACUCUGGGAAGGAGACGGGACUCACUUCACCGAGACUAUCAAGAGCAGAACCAUUAAACGAGUGUUGCCAGAAGAUCUGUUUGAAAUGUCAAUGACCAUGCUAGACCUGGUGUACCUCAACUAUGAGAAAGUUUAUCAGCAACUGUACACAUCUCUGACUGAAUUGCCAGUUAUUCCUGAUAAGCACAAGGCAGCAUUUGCUCAUGUGUUGGCAGACCGCAUCCUGUUAGCUGGAUCUGUGGUAGCAUCUGCAGCAUUUGUGCUCGGAGGACAAGCAAUAUGUGCUGCAGUCAUUUCCUCCAUCACCACUCAUAUCCACACGCCGUGUAAAGACAUAAUAACCAUGGUGUCAUGUAUACUAAACUGUGCAAAAUUGCCAUCUGAUAUAAAGUCACUUCUAGUUGAUGUUUAAAUUUUUUGUCGUGGUAAGUUGGAUACAGUAUCAAAUUGGGUACGAAUUUAUUUACAGAUAAUAUUUCGCUACGGAAAUACUCAAUAAUAUACAGGUAUACAUCUUAGUGGAGCAAGGAAGCUAUAUUUAGGCAAGGAGAUUAGUGGUAGGAUAAAGGUUUUAAUCACCCUAAAACUAAGGUUGGUUGAAUGAUGGUCUCAUUUCUGCAGAGACUGGUAUUCAAUUCCUGCUGGUUCUAGCAGCUAGAUGUCAUUUCUUCACUCUAGACAGGGGACCGAAACAUUAUUCCAGCCCACCUGUCCUCAUAUCCCUUCCAAAGUGUUAUAUAGUCAUGUUGACGUAAUGCUUCAUCCUCAUAAUUACUUUACCUCAUAUUGGGAAGGUUUGCUGGCCAUAGAUGCUGGAUUGCCCCAUGAAGAAUGUUUUAAAGUCUUCUCGAGACAUGAUCUGGCAUUAUUAUGCUUAUGAUUUCUUUGUUAUUGUAUAUUCUUCUCUUCUGGGGAUUCGUAAAGAACAUUUAUACAAAAUAUGUUAAUUUUAAUGUUGAAUAGUGUCCACACUUAAUGUUUUUUGUUACAAUUCACUGUUUAUUGAGAAAAGAGACUCAUAUCUUUACAAAAUUUAACUGGUCAUUUCCUGCAUCAGAUUUUCCCCCUGGUGAUUUCCUCAUUCAUGUUUCAGUAUUCUUUUCAUUAUACAGUAUGCUCAUGUAUUACGUUAUGAGUUAUAUGGUGACUGAUUUACAUUUUCUUCAUAUAUUGUUCAAGAUAUUGAUUUAUGAUUUAUGAUUUAUAAAUUUAUGAUACACACUUAUGCCAUAAGUU